UUUAUUAAAAUCCCUGACAUUCUCCCUUGACGCACAGCGAAAACUCCUGCUACUUUCACUUUCUCUAAGGACCCAGUUUUUCCCCAACCCCCACUCAUCCUCUUCCUGCUGUGGUCGCCAGAGCCAGAGGCAGCCUGUCUCCCCGCCCCUGAGCAGGGGCACAAAACCAGAAGUCCCUGCCUUGUACUGUGUGAAUAUAGAUAGGACGAGCAGAGUUCCGCAGGCAGCUCUGAAAGUCUACUGGGAGCACCAAGGCUGCUAACGCUGGAUUGAGAAGCUGCAACUGUGACUCUGUAUCAUGAGUACUCUGUCUGAAGGAAAUGGCACCUUUGCCAUCCAUCUUUUGAAGAUGCUAUGUCAAAGCAACCCUUCCAAAAAUGUAUGUUAUUCUCCUGUGAGCAUCUCCUCUGCUCUAGCCAUGGUCCUCUUGGGUGCAAAGGGACAGACAGCAGUCCAGAUAUCUCAGGCACUUGGUUUGAAUAAAGAGGAAGACAUCCAUCAGGGUUUCCAGUUGCUUCUCAGGAAGCUGAACAAGCUAGACAGAAAGUACUCUCUUAGAGUGGCCAACAGGCUCUUUGCAGACAAAACUUGUGAAGUCCUCCAAACCUUUAAGGAGUCCUCUCUUCACUUCUAUGACUCAGAGAUGGAGCAGCUCUCCUUUGCUGAAGAAGCAGAGGCGUCCAGGCAACACAUAAACACAUGGGUCUCCAAACAAACUGAAGGUAAAAUUCCAGAGUUGUUGUCAGGUGGCUCCGUUGAUUCAGAGACCAGGCUGGUUCUCAUCAAUGCCUUAUAUUUCAAAGGAAAGUGGCAUCAACCAUUUAACAAAGAGUACACUAUGGACAUGCCCUUUAAAAUAAACAAGGAUGAGAAAAGGCCAGUGCAGAUGAUGUGUCGUGAAGACACAUAUAACCUCGCCUAUGUGAAGGAGGUGCAGGCACAAGUGCUGGUGAUGCCAUAUGAAGGAAUGGAGCUGAGCUUGGUGGUCCUGCUCCCAGAUGAGGGUGUGGACCUCAGCAAGGUGGAAAACAAUCUCACUUUUGAGAAGUUAACAGCCUGGACUGAAGCAGACUUUAUGGAGAGCACUGAUGUUGAGGUUUUCCUUCCAAAAUUUAAACUCCAAGAGGAUUAUGACAUGGAGUCUCUGUUUCAGCACUUGGGAGUGGUGGAUGUUUUUCAAGUGGACAAGGCCGACUUAUCAGCAAUGUCUCCAGAGAGAAAUCUGUGUGUGUCCAAGUUUGUUCACCAGAGUGUAGUGGAGAUCAAUGAGGAAGGCACAGAGGCUGCAGCAGCCUCUGCCAUCAUAGAAUUUUGCUGCGCCUCUUCUGUCCCAACAUUCUGUGCUGACCACCCCUUCCUUUUCUUCAUCAGGCAUAACAAAGCAAACAGCAUCCUGUUCUGUGGCAGGUUCUCAUCUCCAUAAAGACACAUAUACUACACGGGGAGAGUUCUCUCUUCAGUAUCCUUACCACUCUAUAGCUCUGUCAGGAUGGGCAAGUAGGGGGAAGUCAUGUUCUAAGAUGAAGACACUUUCUUCUUGUCAGCCUGAUCUUAUAAUGCCUGCAUUCAGCUCUCCCUGUCUUGAAUGCAUCUAUGUCCUGUGCCAGGUUAUGUCUAAUGAUGCCAUAUACUUUCUGCUAUACUACUGAUUGAUAACCUAGCCAGUAACUUAUAGCCAGUUAGAACUGACUUCACUGUGUAAGAAGGCUAUAAUGGAGCUAGAGAGAAGGCACAGACACUAGGAAAGGUUGCUGCUUUUGCAUAGGACACAGGGACAUUUCCCACCACUUACAUGGCUGCUUACAACCUCUGGAAAUUCCAGUUUCUAUCCAUGACUUGAUUCCUUUCUUUGGCUUCUACUGGCUCCAGCAUCCUGCAUAUACACCUCAUUCAGUUACACAUAAACAAGUAAAAUUUUAAAAAUAAAUAAAAAUUUAAAGAGAGAGUCUAAAAUUUUAGUAAUGGUUAGAUAAUAGCUGCUAUUGUGCCUUUUUCAGGUUUUAAUGUCAUUAUUCUUGUGUAUAAAGUCAACAAUUUAUAGGAAAACAUCAGUGCCAUGCCAUGAUCUUAUCUUCAUCCCCUUUCAAACACAUUAUUUAACCAUCAAGCAGUGACUCUCCAUUCUUCCUCCCUUUGGACAUAUAACCACCAAUCUUCUCUCUGUCUCUGUAGCUUUAUCUAUUUUGGACAUUUUAUAUAGACUGCCUUUUUGCUAUCUUGAUAAUGUCCUUUGAUGCAUACAGAUUGCUUUUUUCCAGUGACAUUCUCCUUAUUUAAUACUGUUCUGAUCAUGAGGUAUCCAUGUCACAGCUAAGAAUCUUACUACUAAAGUCAAGUACAGAAAUAACUGGCCCUACGUUUUCCUCCAAGGCUUUCAUGGAUUAUACCUUAUAUAUCUAGGUCACUGUUCCAGUUUGAAUUAAAUUCUAUAUGUGGUAUGGUGUUGGAGCCUGAUGUGAUUCCUUUAUUUGUGAACAUCCAGUUGUCCCUAUACUUGUAAUUCCUUUGAAUCAUGAGGUAAUGACCAAUGAAUAGGAAAAACAAUGUUACAACUAGUGGGGUAGGAUAGAAGUUCCUCAAUACAUAUAUUGAACAUUAACACAAGUGUGAAAUAAAAAUAUCAGAAAUGAGCAGUAAACAAAGAAGGAGAGAUUAAAUGUUCUGUAAUCAGGGUCCUCAGAGACUACUCAGGGGCUGAAGAUGCUUGCUGCCCUGCCUGACAACUUGAGUUCUAUUUCUGGAACAGACAUGGUGGAAGAAGAAAACUGACUCUACCAAGUUGUCCUCUGACCUCACCAUGAGCACAAUGCACAAAUAAAUAUCCCUGUUAAUCAGAUAUAAUUAUACAAUAAGUUAAUAAUCAGAAAAAAUACACAUAUUAAAACCAAUUUUUUAUCAACAAGUUAAUCUUGCUAGGAAAAGCCAGGAAGUAGAGUAAUAGGGGAGUAUGUGACCCUGACAGUGAUAAAGCUAAGCCAGGAUAUACUCUUAUAUGUCAACAUGUGUCCUGGUUUCCAGAAGGUCCAAUUCGAGGACAAUGAUGUCAUUACUGAAGUCCAUAAAAGAACAGUGACUAUGAUCUCUGUUGCCAUAUUUAUAGCAGCAAAUAAUGGAUCCAGGUGUCAAUAUCACACAGUAAACAAAGAAGUCAUGUUGUACACUUAAUACUGAAUGGGAGUUAGAAAGUUGUACCAGAUAGUUUUUAUAUUAAUGUGGUACAAGGUAGAGUAACUAGUGAGGAAAGAGCCUCAAUUGAGAAAUGCCUCCAUAUGCUCUGGAGCAUUGAUGUGAGAAGGCUAGGCUCAUUGUAUGUGAGACAACCCCUGUGCAGGUGGUCCUGUUAAUAAGAAAGCAGGCUGAACAAGCCAGGAGAAGCAAGCCAGUAAGCAUCACUCCUCUGUGUC